UUUUUCAAAAGUUUUAGGAGGAGAGAGAGAACCACAGCACCGUGGCCGCGCUGCGGAGGAUAUUGAGGAUAUUACGGGACUAAACGCUGCGCUUCCCGGCCGACUUUAUGAGAAAAAAUCAUUAAUUUUGGAGUCUUCUGAUUUUUACAAACUCUAAACUAAGGAUGUACUUUUACUAAAAGCUUUGUUGGAAACGCUGGAAAGGUUUUCCACAGAAAUGGAAGGGAAUAUCCAGUGGAUUAUUUUGUCGUUUUUAUUGUGUAUGCAUAUCGGUGAAGGGCUCCGCUGUGUGGAUAAAUCUAGACCAUGUGAAAAUGGAGGAACGUGCAAAGAGUCAGCUUCUCGCUGCAUAUGCCGACCUGGAUUCAUUGGUCCUCUUUGUCAGCAACUGGAUCCCUGCCAUCGGUCACCAUGCCUGAAUGGGGCAGCUUGUAAAAGCCAAGUGGUCAAUAACAUCCCACAAUACACUUGUGUGUGUCAAAGAGGGUUCAGAGGCCAAGACUGCUCCCUCAUUGAUGCCUGUGCCACAAGUCCUUGUGCUAAUGGGGCCCGCUGUGUCAAUUGGAAUAACCACUACAACUGCUCGUGUCCACCCGGAUACCAGGGAACGAACUGUCGCAAUGACAUCGACGAGUGCCGCAAGCCUGGCGCGUGUCUUAAUGGUGGCCUCUGCAUUAACACCCUUGGGUCAUUCCACUGCCAGUGCCAGCAAGGGUACAGUGGACGCACAUGUGAGGUGUCCACCCUGCCCUGUGCUCCGUCUCAGUGUCUUAAUGGAGGCACCUGUCGCCAGACAAGCGACCAUUCAUAUGAGUGUGCGUGCCUACCAGGCUUUGAGGGACACAACUGUGAGAAUAAUGUGGAUGACUGUCCAGGUCACAAGUGCAUGAAUGGAGGAAUAUGUGUGGAUGGCGUCAACACGUACAACUGUCAGUGCCCACCUGAAUGGACAGGACAAUACUGUGCUGAGGAUGUCAAUGAAUGUUUGAUGCAACCCAAUGCCUGCCACAAUGGAGGUACUUGCUUCAACACCAUGGGCGGCCAUACUUGUGUCUGUGUCAACGGCUGGACUGGAGAUGACUGCAGUGAAAACAUUGACGACUGUGCAAUAGCGGUUUGCUUCAAUGGUGCCACCUGCCAUGAUCGUGUAGCGUCCUUUUUUUGCGAGUGCCCAGUUGGGAAGACAGGUCUGCUGUGCCACCUGGAUGAUGCAUGUGUGAGUAACCCGUGCAACGAGGGCGCAGUAUGUGACACCAAUCCUCUCAAUGGGCGUGCCAUUUGCACCUGUCCUGCUGGUUUCGUGGGAGGUGCCUGCAACCAGGACAUGGAUGAAUGUUCAAUUGGUGCAAACCCAUGUGAGCAUUUUGGAAAAUGUGUAAACACAGAGGGCUCCUUCCAGUGUCAGUGUGGUCGAGGGUACGCCGGCCCACGCUGUGAGAUUGACAUCAACGAAUGCCUCUCCAUGCCCUGCCAGAACGAUGCCACCUGCUUGGACCGUAUUGGAGAGUUCACCUGCAUUUGCAUGCCAGGCUACAUGGGGACUUUCUGUGAGAUAGACAUAGAUGACUGUGAGAGUAACCCAUGUGUGAAUGAUGGCAUCUGUCGGGACAUGGUCAAUGGCUUCACAUGCACCUGCCAGCCAGGCUUUACUGGCACCAUGUGUCAAAUCGACAUAGAUGAGUGUGCUAGCACGCCCUGCCAGAAUGGAGCGAAAUGCUACGACCGGCCCAACGGGUUUGAGUGCCGCUGUGCUGAAGGUUAUGAAGGACGACUCUGUGAGAGCAAUAUCAACAACUGUCAGCCUGACCCAUGCCAUCACGGCACUUGCAUAGAUGGCAUUGCUAGCUACACAUGUAGUUGUGAGCCUGGAUACACGGGCUAUCGGUGUGAGAACCAGCUCAAUGAGUGCCACAGCAACCCUUGUCAGAAUGGAGGCAAGUGUGUGGACCGGGUCAACAAGUACAUCUGUCAGUGUCAGCAUGGAACUUCAGGCACAAACUGUGAGAUCAACUUUGACGAUUGCGCCAGUAAUCCAUGCGAUUACGGCAUCUGCAAGGAUGGGAUCAAUCGUUACGACUGUGUUUGCAAACCCGGUUUCACAGGUCCCAAAUGUAAUGUGGAAAUAGACGAGUGUGCUUCCAGCCCUUGCAGAAAUGGGGGGACGUGUGUUGAUGAAGAAAAUGGAUUUCACUGCCAGUGUCCUGAAGGGUUUAAGCCCCCUUACUGUUACUCCCAGGUGGAUGAGUGUGGCAGCAGCCCCUGCGUCCAUGGUUCCUGCAGAGAUGACAUCAAUGGUUACCGCUGUGACUGUGAGCCCGGAUGGGUUGGAAAGAACUGUGACCUGGACAGAAAUGACUGUUUGCCAAGUCCUUGUCAGAACGCUGGUACAUGCAUUGACCAACUCAACGGCUUCACCUGCAAGUGUCGGCAAGGUUUCCGAGGGAAUCUCUGCCAGGUGAACAUCAACGAAUGUGCUUCCAGCCCUUGUCUGAACAAGGGCACUUGUGUAGAUGGAGUGGCGAGCUUCACCUGUCUGUGUGAGCUUCCCUACAGUGGACCCACUUGUGCUGAGGUCCUCACACCUUGCUCACCCAACCCCUGUGCAAAUCAUGCGGUCUGCACCCACACACCAGACUAUCUGGGCUAUCAGUGCAACUGCCAGCCUGGAUGGCAAGGUCAGUUGUGCAACAUAGAUGUUAAUGAAUGCUUGUCAAACCCGUGCAAAAACCGUGGGACCUGCACAAACACGCGGGGAGGAUAUGUGUGCUCUUGCAGAGCAGGUUACACUGGGCUCACCUGUGAUACAGACAUCAAUGACUGUUUUCCUAAUCCCUGCCUAAAUGGAGGUUCCUGCAUGGAUGGAGUGAACUCUUUCCACUGCAGCUGCUUGCCGGGUUUUACAGGCUCCCGGUGUUCUCAGGAGAUCAAUGAAUGCCAGAGUUCUCCCUGCAAAAACGGAGGCACCUGCACAGACUAUGUUAACUCUUACACUUGCACCUGUCCGCCUGGCUUCACUGGCAUCUACUGUGAAAUCAACAUCCCUGAUUGCACAGAAAGCUCCUGCUUCAAUGGAGGGACGUGCACAGAUAAAAUCAAUGGCUAUUCCUGCGCCUGUCGCUCAGGCUUCACAGGCUCACACUGCCAGUAUGAGGUCAACGAGUGUGACUCCCAGCCCUGUCUGAACGGGGGCCUCUGUCAGGAUGCCCUGGAGUCCUUCCGCUGCUCCUGCCCCAGGGGUUACACUGGCAACCGGUGCCAGACCCCAGUCGACUGGUGCAGACGUUCCUCUCUUUGUCAAAAUGGAGGACGGUGUCACCAAAAGGAUGCUUCUUUCAUCUGCGACUGUCCUCUUGGCUGGUCUGGUCGUUACUGUGACAUCCCAAGAGUCUCCUGUGAGACAGCAGCACGCCAGCGAGGGAUCCAGACAGAUGCUCUAUGUCACCACGGUGGCCACUGUGUGAACACUGGGAACACUCACUUCUGUAAAUGUCCCGCUGACUACACUGGAAGCUAUUGUGAAAUCCAAGUGGACCAGUGUGAGGACAAACCUUGCCGUAACGGCGCCACCUGCAGGUCAUAUGUUGGCGGGUACCAGUGUGACUGUAUGCCGGGCUACACGGGGAGGAACUGUGAGAUUGAAAUCAACGAGUGCCAGUCUCACCCGUGCCAGAAUGGAGGCACCUGUAUUGAUCUGGUGGGACAUUAUAUCUGCUCAUGUCCCCCCGGCACACUGGGUGUUCUCUGUGAGAUUAAUGAAGACGACUGUGCUCCACCCCUGAGGUCGCGUGGGGCUCCUCCCAAGUGCCUGAAUAAUGGAACCUGUGUGGAUAGAGUGGGUGGUUAUCGCUGCAACUGUCCCCCUGGUUUCACUGGAGAACGAUGUGAGGGGGACAUAAACGAGUGCCUCUCCAACCCGUGUAGUCUCUCCAACAGUCUUGACUGCAUCCAGCUACCCAAUGAUUACCAGUGUGUCUGCAAGCCUGGCUUUACAGGUCGAAGGUGUCAGAACAGGUUUAGCGUGUGUGAGUCUCAGCCUUGUCAGAAUGGAGGAGCCUGCUCUGUGACCAGCAGCUCUUCUCUCGGGUACACCUGUACAUGCCAGCUUGGUUACACUGGGCCAGACUGUGAAAGAAGCAUGUCCUGUCGAGAGCUGGCCUGCUACAAUGGAGGCAGCUGUGCACUUACCACUAGGGGAGCACGGUGUAGCUGCUUGCACGGUUACGGCGGGCCUCAGUGUCAGCAUCGCACGAAUAAGGGCUGUUCCUCCCAGCCAUGUCAGAAUGGAGGCCUGUGCACCGAAGAGACCAGCUACCCAUACUUCCACUGCCAGUGUUCCAGUGAGUGGACGGGCACAAGGUGUGAGCAAAGGUCUGAGACCCCAGUGCCCUCGUGCCCUCUGGCAGACUGCCAUGGAAAAGCCAAUGACAGUGUUUGUGACAAAGAAUGCAACACGCUUUCUUGCCGUUGGGAUGGUGGUGACUGCUCCCUGACAAUAAACCCCUGGGCUCACUGUGCAGACCCUCGCUGCUGGCGUGUUUUCAACAACAGCCAGUGUGACGAGUCCUGCAACAACGCUGACUGUCUGUAUGAUAAUUUUGACUGCAAGAGCAAGGACAAAGUUUGCAAUCCUGUGUAUGAAGCCUACUGCAUGGACCACUUUGCUGACAAUCGGUGCGACCAGGGAUGCAACACAGAGGAGUGUGGCUGGGAUGGCCUAGACUGUGCCCAAAGUACUCCAGAAAGACUUGCUGAAGGGGCCCUGGUUAUAGUAGUCCUUUUACCUCCAGAUGAGCUACUUCGCACCAGCACAGCCUUUUUGCAGAAACUGAGCGCCAUCCUGCGCACUUCGGUGCGUUUCAGGCUGGACGACAAUGGAAAAGCAAUGAUCCAUCCAUACAGACGUCGAGUAUCACGGCUUAAGAGAGAAGUGCAGCCUCAGCAGGAAGUGAUUGGGUCUAUCGUCUAUUUGGAGAUAGACAACCGUCUGUGUUCUAAGGACCUAGAGGACUGUUUCACUACAGCUGAUGGUGCUGCAAAGUACCUAGGAGCCCUGUCCGCAACAGAUAUGCUGGACUUCCCCUAUCCUCUCAGAGAAGUCACAAGUGAAAAGAUCCCUGUUACAGGCGAGCCCAUACCACAGUGGGCCAAGAUGAUGCUGGCAGGGAUAGCUUCUCUUUUUGUCUUGAUAAUCCUUGUGUUAGGCAUGUUGAUUACCCGUAGGAAACGGGAGCACAGCAGCCUCUGGUUCCCUGAAGGCUUCUUCCUUAAGAAGGAACCCAGCAGUAACAAGAACCGCAGGGAACCCGUGGGUCAAGACGCCCUUGGAAUGAAACACGUGCCGAAAACCAUUGAUGAAUCCCUCCUUGGAGAUCAUAGUGAUCCGUGGACAGAGUCAGACUGCCCUGAAGCAAAAAGGCUUAAGGUUGAGGAACCCAGCAUGCUCUCAGACUGUGAAGAUACAGUGGACUGCAGACAGUGGACACAGCACCACCUUGCAGCUGCAGACAUACGCGUACCACCCACCAUGGCCCUCACACCACCUCAAGGAGAAUUUGAAAGCGACUGCAUGGACGUUAAUGUCCGGGGCCCAGAUGGUUUCACACCCCUGAUGCUGGCAUCAUUCUGUGGAGGCGGCCUAGAACCUGAGGUGGCAGAAGAGGAAGAGAGCGAGGAGUGCUCAGCCAACAUCAUCUCUGACCUAAUCUACCAGGGUGCGUCCCUUGCUGCUCAAACGGACCGUACCGGUGAGACAGCGCUCCACUUGGCUGCCCGCUACGCCCGUGCUGAUGCUGCUAAGAGACUGCUGGAUGCUGGUGCAGAUGCCAAUGCUCAAGACAACACAGGACGAUCGCCAUUACAUGCUGCGGUGGCUGCAGAUGCACAGGGCGUUUUCCAGAUUCUAAUCCGCAAUCGUGCCACGGAUCUCGACUCCCGCAUGUAUGAUGGCUCCACUGCACUGAUCUUGGCUGCACGGCUGGCCGUAGAGGGCAUGGUCGAGGAACUCAUUACUUGUCAUGCCGAUGUCAAUGCAGUCGAUGAACUGGGUAAGUCUGCCUUGCACUGGGCUGCUGCCGUUAACAACGUGGAUGCCACUCUUGCUUUGCUGAAGAACGGAGCUAACAAAGAUAUGCAAGAUCUGAAGGAGGAAACCCCUCUGUUCCUUGCAGCACGAGAAGGCAGCUGUGAGGCUGUAAAGGUGCUGCUUGUUCACUUUGCAAACCGAGAAAUCACAGACCAUAUGGACAGGUUACCAAGGGACAUUGCUCAGGAGCGAAUGCACCAUGACAUCGUGCAGCUUCUUGAUGAAUACAACACAGUCAGGAGUCCCCAGAGCCACGGAGGGGCUGGACAUCAGCUUGCUGGAGGGCACACUCUGUCACCACUAAUGUGCCCUCCCACGGCCUUCCUCACAAAUCUAAAAAACACCCCACAGAGCAAGAAGAAUCGUCGACCUGGGGUCAAAGGUUCCAGCCUGGGAGGCCAGCACGCUACUAGUCUGAAAGACUCAGUAAAGGCUCGCAACAAGAAGCUGACCCUGGACAUGCAGAGUGCUUUACUGGAUAGCUCGGUUACUCUGUCCCCAGUUGACUCACUGGACUCACCGCAUGGGGGGGCUAGUAAUGCUGGCUAUAUCACCAAUCCCACUUCUCCUGUGGCCAUUCAGUCGCCAGGGCUUUUCCACGCUUCCAUGUCUGUCCCAAACACCCCGAUGGUACAUAGUAGCAUGAUGGAAGGGGGUGGCCCCUUUGCUGUAUCUCUUGCUCAAAUCAAUGACCUUGGAGCUGGAGCUAUGUCCUUGCAGGGUCGCAUCGCUAUGGCUUCAGAUGUCAAUCAUGGAUAUGUGCUGAGUUCUGGCCAGCUGGGGGUCAACAUGGGUAUGGUCAGUCCUGUCAGUGUUCCCUUUGACUGGCACAAUCGCAUCCCUCCUUCCUCCCAAUGUGGUCAGCAGGUUGUGAGUAUGGUGCAAAGCAGCCAAUCAAGCAUGCAUCCCCAGAGCCCCGCCAUGCAGCAGCAGCAGCAGAACAUGCUGAUGCACCAGCAGCAGCUGUAUCGCAGCCCCAUGCUGCAGCCCACACCUGUGACCUCCACACCCACGAUCAGUCCAGUAAAGCUGCCUUCCAUCGCUGAGCAACAGCUCAUUAAUCACAACAUCACCACCCAGCAAAGCAUCGCUCGCAUGAGCUCUUCCACCCCACCGACACCUCAGACGUCACAGCCCCCGCCCUCGUUCUUUCAGCAGCAGCAGCUUCCUCAGCAACCCCCGCAGCCGCAGCCUCCGUCUCAGCCCACCCAGGGAGCCGUGCCACCAGGCCAGCCCCCUCAGGCUCUUCCCCCACAGCCAAGUGCCAGCACUACAGGGAACGAGGAUUAUCCAACCCCUCCCUCACAGCACAGCUAUUCAUCAGCGGUGGAUGCCACCCCCAAGCAUUACCUCAACUUGCCCAGUGAGCACCCUUAUCUCACCCCUUCCCCAGAGUCUCCAGAGCACUGGUCCAGUCCCUCUCCUCACUGCGUCUCUGAUUGGUCAGAUUCCACACCCAGCCCAGCAGUUGCUGUCCCAAACCAGACCCAAAUUACUCAAAUCCCAGAGGCCAAUGGCAAGAUGCAGGUGUUUGCGUGAACAUCUCUAUGGCCUUAACCUGAGAAGGGACCUGAGAGAAAGACAUUCUGUGGACUGGCUCCCUGCCUGUCUGUUUUUAUCCAUCAGUCUGUUUCCAAGAUUUUCUUUGGAUUUGACUCGAUGAUGUGUGUCACGAGGACCGUCUGCUAGUGGUUUUUGCAGAGGAAAAAAACGUAAAGGGAAAUGUGUGUUGUCUGAAAGAAACAGCAGACAAUUUAAUGAAGUAAUUCUGUCACAGAUGGACUUAUUUUUUAUUAUAAAAAGAAAAAAAUAUAUGAAGAAAACCAAGUCUUUAGUUUUAAAGGCUUAGGGACAUUUUCUUGACAACUAACAAACAUUUUAAAAGUAGAUAAGACGGAUAAUGCUGAAGGGAUUUCAUUUAUUUUUAUUUAUUGUUAAUAUCUAUCUAAACGGCUUUUUAGUUGCCUCUCUGUACUAGUUUCUCAUGUGAACUGCCAUCAGCGUGUUAAAAUGGUUCUAGAAAAUUAAUUUCAACGUUACUCUGCAGUAGUGGUAUUUGAGUGAGUUAUGGUAAAUAAUUACUUUAUAUAUGAGUAUUAUGAGCAAGAAUGUAGAUGAGUGUCUUCGAAGCACUUCAAGCCUCACGGGGCAACAUUGGACGACAGUGGGUAUUUAUAAUAAAAGAGGGCAUUUCAUUUGUUUAAAUUUACAUGAAUCUUUAAAUUGCUAAAAGGUUUUCUGUGCGAUGCUUGUGUUUUAAAGCUUCUCACUGACACUAAAGGGUUUUUACUGCCGGCCUUCACUUGUUAAGCAUCCUUUAUUCUAUUUAUGUUCCCUAGAGACGUUUUUGGCCUGCAAAGUCAGCCUGUCACUGCCCUCGUAUUUUCUUUGUUUUCGUCUUAUACUCUGUAUAUUUGUGGAAAACCAUGAAUACUUUUUUCUUUUAAACAAUACUUCAGAUGUAUUAAGCUAUGCUUAUAUCGGCUGCUAUUUUAUAUCUCUCUUCCCUGCAAACAUUCCUACAGUUUUUCCGUCUUGCCCUGUUUGGACGCAGUGCCUUUACGUGGCAUCCAACAACUCAGAACCAGACAACAGACUGAUUGGAGCUGUUGAGCCCGUGCCCUUAAAUGGACUGUCAGUAGACGUCUGUGCUGGUGCCCUCACCCUGUUUCUGCUCGUAUCGGUGAGGGAGUGGUGGUCAUUGUGUGGGUGUGGCUGCUGGACUGUGACUGCUGAUGCCCUGUCACUCCUCAGGGAGGUGUUUUAUGGCAUGCAGAGGGAUGGUUCCCCUGCAUCGACAGUAGAUACCAGUCCAAGAGCCACGGAGAUGCAUCUUGAUCAUUGUGAAAAGAGAAUGAGGAAAAAAACACUACUGUGUAGUGCUGCAACCCCUUUUUUCUUUACUAAAUUCAGAGAUGAGAGUCUUCUAAUUAUUCACAGCUUUGUUAUUUUCAUGUAACCUGAGCAUGUAAAACAGAGUUUAUUCUCUUAUGCACAUUUCAGCAAAGUUCUUUAUGAUUAAAGUUCACCAACGUUACCUUUGCAUUUUCAUCCCACGAAAAGGGAUGGAGUAGCACACCACUCUAGCUACUGGCUGUUGAUGUGGUGACCUGAACACUGCCUGUAGUUAUGUCAUAAACUGAGUUUAUCUUUAUUUGAAUUUUUAUCUCCAUUAUAGAACCAGCCAUCGUUCUUUUAGACCUGGGAAGUGUUAUUGUCCACAGUCUAAUUUGCAUUUUACUUACAUGUUUUUUUUAUUUUUUUCAUUUGUGCUAAUUCUAUAUAACUGGUCUUAUAAUUUCCCCACCAGGUCGCACUAAGUGUUUUUGUAAAUUCACAGUUUCAGUUUGUAAAUAUAUUUGUUCUGGGUAGAUCCUUGCUUGAGAAGUCUUAUGUUUCAAAAAAUAAUUGUUAUGUACUAAAAAGGACAAAAAUAAAGUGUAUUUCAUUUAGCAUUA